AGUUGACACAUUUACUUCAAGAUUCAUUAGGGGGUGGGUCCAAGACAAGGAUGUACGUGCAAAUUAGCCCCUCGGAGAGGGACUUAAGUGAAACCUUGAGCUCCUUAAAUUUUGCAACUCGAGUUCGAGGGGUUGAGUUGGGUCCUGCUAAGAAGCAAGUUGAUACAAGUGUACUCCAGAAGAUGAAAACAAUGCUUGAGAAAGCAAGGCAGGAAUGUAGAUCCAAAGAUGAGUCUCUAAGGAAACUAGACGAGAGCUUACAAAAUCUAGAGAGUAAGGCCAAAGGCAGAGACCAGUUUUACAAAGGUCAACAAGAAAAUAUCAAAGAACUUGAAGGUCAAUUGGAGCUGAGAACUGGCAUGCAAAAUCAGUCAGAGAAGCAGGUCCCACAACUUUCGGAUAGAUUGAAGGGGAGAGAAGAGAGUUGUGCCAGCCUUCAACUAAAGGUCAAAGAAUUGGAGUCCAAUUUUAAAGAGCGACAAAAAGUAAUUUAUACUAUUCCAUUUGUUACAUCAAUCAAAACACUUGAGUAUCAUCUUGAUUUCAAACAUCGUUAA